ACCAAUUGUGCACGUACAUUGCUCAUUCAUCGCGCAAGAUUAUUAGAUGGAUAAGCAGAGACCGUUAGACUGAAUCCAUCGCGCAAAUAAUCCACAUCUCGCUCGUUUAUUUAUAUCCGACGUAACGCGAGUAAUGAAGGGUAGCUUAAUAUAAGAUCGCACUUAUUGAUUGGAUGUUUUAUAUACCAAUUUUGAUGUCAGUUGUGUUAAUGGCGUAAAUCCGAUAGCGGUUUCGCAAUGGUUUCACCGACCACCACCGAAACCGCGAGAGCGUUCCCUCUAGCAGUGAUCUCACAUGUGAUCGAGAUUCGUAAAAUGCCGUACCCACAUCGGUCGUCAUAUUCAUAAUUACGCAUACCGAGCGCAAAAAAUAUACUCAAGGUUUCUGAAUUUAUUGCAACGUAACGGGAAAUAACGCACGCGCAGGCGCGCCGAAUAGCUUCCACGAGCGCCCUCAAUUUCCGGUCGGAUUCACGCUUCUCUUCUGUCUUGACGCAUCAAGAUGGUUAACGUACCGAAGCAGAGACGUACUUUUUGCAAGAAAUGCAAAGUACACAAGAAUCACAAAGUGACGCAGUACAAGAAAAGUAAGGAGAGACAUGCCUCGCAGGGCAGAAGGCGUUACGACCGCAAACAGCAAGGAUUUGGUGGUCAAACCAAGCCCAUCUUCAGAAAGAAGGCAAAAACAACAAAGAAAAUUGUGCUAAGGAUGGAAUGUACGGAAUGCAAGUAUAGAAAACAAAUUCCAUUGAAAAGAUGCAAACACUUUGAACUGGGAGGUGAUAAGAAGAGAAAGGGUCAAAUGAUUCAAUUCUAAACUACCCACUCAAUAUCUUAUAUGUUCUGCAUUCUGUAUUAAUAAAUAAAUCUAUAAGGA